AUGUCCUACAGGAGCACCAACGUCGAGAACCCUCAGGAUCAGGUCUAUCCGCCUCGAUCGAACCAGAACCAGCAGAGUUAUCAGAAGAGCUAUCCUAACAGCUUCCAGGAGAAGACUUUUGCCCCAAACCAGAAUCGUUCUCAGGGAGGUAACCAACAGACGGCUCAGUUCAGCAACAACCUUCAGGUUCAUCGAACAACUCGAACGAUGAGCUUAAGGAACCCUUCCUGGGAAAGGAGAGCAGAAUCCAGGAAUGAGUAUGUUGCACAAGUUGAGCUGAGAAGUGGAAGGAAGCUACAACCUGCUGUGAUUCCUCUGAAAAGGGCAGGCAAGGAGAAAGCCGAAGUCGAUCGAGCUGCAUCCAGCGGACUCGAUCGAGCUGGUGAAGACGCUUCGUCGUCUCAGGUAGCUGAUUUACCUACCCCUGCAGCUGCAGAGACUGCUCCAGCCCGAGCUUACGCACCUAAGGUGCCUUACCCUGUUCCACGGAAGAAGUCCAGAAAAGACUUGGAGGAUGCUAAGUGUAAGGAGAUGCUGAAGGACUUGACUGUGAAGCUGCCUCUGUCUGAUGCUGUUCAGAUGAUUCCUGCUCUGAAGAAGUACAUGAAGGAGCUGAUAUCUGGGAAGGUAGCUGAGGAUGAGAACGUCAUGCUAGUAUCGGAGGAGUGCAGCGCUGUGCUGCAGAACAAGGUGAUCAAGAAGAGGAGUGAUCCAGGGAGAUUUGUCUUGUCAGUGCAGAUAGGCCGCAUGACCUUUCGCAUGCUCUCUUUGCGAUCUCGGCUCGAGCGUGAAUCUGAUGCCGUAUUCUGUGGCAAGCGAUUGGGAUACACAAGUUCAAACCCACGAAAGUCUCUUUGGUUUUCGCAGACAGAUCGACAAGUUUCCACUGGUGCAAUCAUUGACGUGAAGGGAGGAAUCAUUGAUCUCCAUCUGGGAGAUAUCGUCAUGAGAUUCGAGAUGAACAAGCUCCUCAAGAAGCCAAUGUUAGAUGGGCAAACUUAUGUGAUUGAAGAUGGCUCGGACUUGGUGGACGAAGUGAGUGAGGAGAUGCUUCUUGACGACCCUCUGGAGGUAGCUUUGGCACUUAUGCAUAUCGCAGAAUGCCGUUUGGACUGUGCAAUGCACCGGCGACGUUCCAGCGCUGCAUGA